CACGUUGCCGCGAUUUCCCUGACCGACUUUAUCUAGUUCCCCACGGCCGCCCACGCGUCAUUGCAAUCAAUAAAUGUACAUAGCCUACUGCGGAUUUGUGAUAUAGGUUAAGAUCUUGUUAAAACAGUUAAAACGUACCCUGAAACUAAGCGUUUUCGCAUAAAUUGUGCUUAACAACCAACUUGUCAGUGAGAACAUACCUAAAACGAAUUGUCAAAAUGACAAACUGAUCGGUUAAGCCAACGAAACUGUGAUUAUAUGACCAUAUUUUGACCCACAGUUCAGAUAUUUGGAGAUGAAGCAAUAUUUAUGUGCCUUGUAAAUGUGCGUAUGGAUGUGCUUAUUCGUGCCUAAAUAUAAUGGAGCCUGGAGAAGUAAAAAUUGCUGAUGACAACGAUUUCAAGAUGCUGAAAAUGUUGGUGGAUGAUCAUUCCAAUUGGAAGAUAGAGUAUGAUAAGGGAGAUGAGAACACUAGAGUAUGGACCAAAUCUACGCCUGCCUGUAGCUUCAAAAUGGUGAAGGUGCACACGUAUUUCAAAGACAGUCACCCGAACACUGUGUUCGACGUGCUGCAUGACCCGGACUACAGGAAAACCUGGGACGAACACAUGCUGGCCUCCAUAGAAAUAGGUUACCUGAAUCCUAACAAUGAUGUCUCCUACUACGCCUUGUCUUGUCCCGCCCCUAUCAAGAACAGGGACUUCGUUUUGCAGAGAUCUUGGCUGGACAUGGGAGACGAGAAACUGAUAUUAAACCAUUCGGUCCACCACAAAGACUACGGACCCAAGAAAGGAUUCAUUAGGGGCAUUUCUUACCUGACUGGUUUUGUCAUUAGAAGAACUGACAAGGGUUGUUUCCUCGGCUACAUUUCACAAACAGAUCCUAGGGGUAAGCUACCUCCUUGGCUGGUGAAUAAAAUAUCACAAAAAUUCGCACCGAAAGUGGUUGAAAAUUUGAAAAAAGCCGCUGACGGGUAUGACAGAUGGAAAAUGGCACAACCUAAUUCGUAUUUUAAGCCAUGGAUCAGCCCAGAACAGACGCUCCAAUCGCCCAGGAUUAACGUUAAGGAUUGCGUUCAAGUGAACAAGACAUCUCUGAGGAUAUCAGAUUGUGAGGAAAGUGAUGAUUGAUAAUAUGGUAUAAUGUAAUCGAAAAGUUGCGCGAAAUCGGUACUCUACGCAUAUGGUAAACUGAAAGAUUAAAUAUAUGGCAUGAUUGAAGCUUUUGACUUUUAUUCUAAUCGAAUUACUAGUUGUAGAUUUUUGAAAUGGUACAGUAUUGCAUACAAUGUAAUUGUCAUUGUAAUAAUGAACGUCUGCGUUUUUAAGAGUAUUUACUCAUAGAUAAUAUAAAUAGUCCCCUUGCAUUGUUGCAGUUAUAUUAAGAUGAAUUUAUUAUUAUAAUUAGAAAAAUAUACUGUGCAGUGGGUAAGUACAUUCAAUUAUCUUUAAUCUUCAAUCAACAUUGAAUUUAUGUAGGGCAUUAGCUACAUUUGAUACACAUUCAAAAAAAUAUAUAUUUUUUUAUUUCACUGCAAAGACAGAAUAUAAUGUUAUAGAGGAAGUAAACAUGUGUCACGUUUUAGUAUAAUAGGAUUUCCAGAAUUUAGUUUUCGUUUUUCUACUUCAUAUUUAAAUUUAAAGUUUAUAUGUACAUAUACCUCUGUGAUAUUUUAUAAUGCAG